AUGGACGAUGGACUAAAUGCGACAUUCGUAAACCUUGACGGGUAUGUGGAACUGCACAAAUACAGAUCUCUUUAUUUUGUGAUCAUGUUUGCAGUUUAUAUUCUUGUGAUCUGCAGCAAUUCAACCAUCAUAUGUCUGAUCGUGGUUCACAGAAACCUCCAUGAGCCCAUGUACAUUUUCAUUGCAGCUUUGUUACUGAACUCUGUUUUUUACAGCACUAAUAUUUACCCGAAGCUCCUGACUGAUGUUUUAUCUGAUAAGCAGAUCAUUUCUUAUCCAGCCUGUCUCCUUCAGUGUUUUGUGUAUUACUCUUUAAAUGGUUCAGAGUUCUUACUGCUGGCAGCCAUGGCCUAUGACAGGUAUGUGUCUAUAUGUAAACCUCUGCAAUAUCCAACUAUCAUGAGAAAAACCACUGUGAGUGUUUUCCUGGGUCUGGCCUGGAUUCUGCCCGCCUGUCAGAUCGCGGUGCCAGUCGCCAUGAGCGCUAACACCAAACUCUGUAACUUCGUUUUGAGAGGAAUCUUUUGCAACAAUUCAGUUUACAAACUUCACUGUGUGAGUUCACAAGUGCUGUCUGUGUAUGGUUUGAUUGUCCUGUUGAAUGUUACGCUUUUCCCUGUGCUUUUCAUAUUUUUCACAUACACAAAGAUAUUUAUAAUAACCUCCCAAAGUCACGGUGAAGUCAGGAAAAAAGCUGCACAGACCUGUUUGCCUCACCUGCUGGUUUUGAUCAACUUUUCUUGUUUGGUUACAUACGAUGUGAUUAUAGUUAAACUGGAGUCUGAUUUUCAAAAAACCGCUCGUUUAAUUAUGACUUUGCAAGUGAUUCUGUAUCAUCCUCUCUUCAAUCCAAUCAUAUACGGACUGAAAAUGAAAGAAAUAUCUAAACACAUCAAAAGGCUGUUCUGUCUGGACAAAGUGAAAUAA